CGCUCUUGCUCAACGUGGACUCACCGAUACACGUAACUAACUUUUAACGGGACGGUUUUUUUAUUUAUUAUUUUUUAAUUUGUUAUUUUUUUGUGGGCUUGCGAUAUGGGAGUAGUGAAGACUGCGUCUGAGAAUAUACUCGAAGAGACAGUGUUGCCCAGCGAGGAAGCUAAUUUUUCAUUACAAGGUCAUACUGAUGAUUGGAAUGAUAAUUUUUCCUACCAAGUGCUAAUUGGUAGUGGAGCUGCACUCAUGGCUCUUGUUUUCCUUGCAACCGUGAGCUUUCACUGUUCAUCCACGUGGAAAUGGCUGAUGGCUGUGGCCAGACAAGAAGGUGAUGACGCUACUGACGGCGACGUAUCACAACGAAAUGACAUAAGGAUAAGUCAUUCAUUGCCUGAUUUACAAUCUGAACCCAUCACACAUGAAUAUGUACAAGAACAAAAGGAAAGCAAAAAAGUAUUACGUCAAACGACAUUACCAAUAGUACCAACACGACAUCAAACAUUUCAACGUCAAUUGUCUCACCGUCUUGAUCUUCCCAAUAUAAAAUUCAGUAUCUGCAGUCUUGAGAAUCGAAGUGACUCAAGUCUUGGACUUAUCAAGCCGGAGUUGUAUAAAAAAGAUUUAACAAGACAAGAGAGUACCGAAAGUUCGAGUACCGUAGAAAUGGAAAUUGCUGGUAAACUUCAUUUUGCCCUUCGCUAUGAUAAAGAGAUUGAAGGUCUUGUAGUUAAGGUACUACAGGCACGCGGAUUACCUAUUAAAGACGUAACCGGAAGUAGUGAUCCAUAUGUUAAAAUUUAUCUUCUACCGGACAGAAAAAGAAAAUAUCAAACGAAAGUUCAUCGUAAAAAUUUAAAUCCCGUUUUUAAUGAAACUUUUCUUUUUAGUGUAUCUUAUGAAGAAUUGAGAGAAAGAUACUUGCAAUUUUCCGUCUACGAUUUCGAUCGUUUCUCACGGCACGAUUUAAUCGGACAAGUCGUGCUCAAGGGAUUAUUAGAAUGUACGGAUCUAGAGCAAGAAAUUGAAUACACUAUGGACAUACUUUGUGCAACUCAGGAUAAGGUAAAUUUAGGAGAACUGAUGCUGACACUUUGUUUUCUACCAACGGCAGGCCGACUGACACUCACAGUAAUUAAGGCCAGAAAUUUAAAAGCUAUGGACAUAACUGGAAAAUCUGAUCCGUAUGUGAAAGUAUAUUUACUGUGCCAAGGAAAGAGGAUUAAAAAGAAAAAGACUACUGUUAAAAAAAAUACACUAUUUCCUGUUUAUAAUGAGUCACUGGUCUUUGAUGUACCCGCUGAGAAUAUUGAUGACGUUAUAUUAAUUGUUAAAGUUAUUGAUUACGAUAGAAUUGGGUCGAAUGAGUUAAUGGGAUGCACGGCAAUAGGAUCAAAUGCAAUAGGUAUCGGCAAAGAACACUGGUCAUUGAUGUUAGAAAACCCGCGUAAACCAGUAGCACAAUGGUAUCCAUUACUUGAUACUGUUACCAAUCAUAUCCAAACACUAUAUUCAGAACCACUUCCUGUCAGUCUCAGUUGUUUAAAUAGCAGAUGAAGUUUUAUCAAUUACCGCUAAUUGCGGGGGCUCAAUAAUUAUGUUGGACACUAAAAAAAAUAUAUAUAUAAAUAUAAAAGUCCUUUCUAUCCUUGUAUAUCUGAAUACACUUAAGAAAAAAAAAUCGUCUUGAUUGACGAGAGGAAAUAAUUUCAGUCUCGAUAUUGAACUCUGACAACAAACAUAAAAAUAUUUAUAAAUAUAUAUAUAUACAUACAUACAUAUGUAUAUAUAAGAAAUACAAAUAAAUGAAAUGUAGGAAAAAAUAGACAGGGGGUUAAAUGGACCAGUGGGUCCGACAAAAAAACUUGCUUGCCUUAGACAGUGAAUUAAAAUGUGUACUUAGGAAUGUGUUAAAUGCGACAAGUAUUUUUUUAAAAAAUAUUAAAACUAUAAAUACGAGACAAUAUUUUUAACAAUGCCUCGUUAUCUGUUCGAUAAUUUGUUUUAUUUUUUUAACAAAACAAUGCUUUGCUUAUGACAAUACUUUCGAGCCCCUGAAAAAUGAUAAUCAUAAAAAUAAAGUUGAUAACGAGAUUUAAAAUAAUAAUGUUGAUUACAAUAUAAACAAUAUAUACUAUAAAUAUAUGCAGUAUUAAAAUUUAUAACAAAAUAAAAAAUAUGGAAUGGCCUUAUUUUUGGAAAAGAACGAAAUUUGAACAGCGAAAGAUAAAUAUUAAUUGAAAAAAGAAAAAAAACAUGUAGAUUUUAGUGUCUUUGUGUACUCUAAUAACUAUAAUAAUGAUAGUGAUUAAUGAAAAAAAUUAGAUAGAUCAGUAGUAAAUAGAUAUAAAUAUAUAAUCAAUCAUAAUCAUAAUCAUGAUAAAUAUAGUAAUUUUUUUAAACCCAUUGAGUGAAAAAAUACUUAAAUAUAUUUAUCAACUAGACGAGUUGUUGUUCGGAUGAAUGAUAUCACUAAGAGAAAAUAAUUGAUGAGUUAUGUUUGCGUUGGCUAGAUUCCAAGUCAAAAUAAAAGACCAAUUAUUGAUACUUAAUUAUCCAUGUAAUUUAUUUUUAAAUUUCUAGUCCAACUAUUGGAGGUAAAAUAAUCUAUGGUCAUAAUAAAGUUUAUUUUAGG